UGUGGAGUACCACAGAGAAAGCGAAGAGAAAGGAGAAAGCAAUGUCGACGCUUGUCGUGCCGGACGCGGUUCCCUCUGUAUUCGAAGACUGCGAGCAGCUGAGAAAAGCCUUCGCAGGGUGGGGAACCAAUGAGGGGUUGAUCAUAUCCAUAUUGGGUCAUAGAAAUGCAGAGCAGCGGAAGUUGAUUCGACAAACUUAUGCUGAAGCUUAUGGAGAAGAUCUCCUGAAGGAAUUGGACAGGGAACUCACAAAUGACUUUGAGAGGGUGGUUUUGCUAUGGGCCCUUGAUCCUGCUGACCGUGAUGCAUUUUUGGCUAAUGAAGCAACAAAGAAAUCAACCUCAAGGUAUCAGGUCCUCAUGGAAAUUGCCUGCACAAGGUCCUCUAAUCAUCUGCUUCAUGCAAAGCAGGCUUAUCAUGCUCGUUUUAAGAGGUCACUUGAAGAGGAUGUUGCUUGCCAUAUAACUGGAGACUUCAGCAAGCUUCUGUUUCCUCUUGUGAGCUCAUAUCGAUAUGAGGGAGAUGAGGUGAAUAUGACCCUGGCAAAGUCAGAGGCUAAGAUUCUCUAUCAGAAAAUUUCUGAGAAGGCAUACAGCAGUGAGGAUCUUAUCAGGGUUUUGGCAACAAGGAGCAGGGCGCAGAUCAAUGCAACUCUGAAUCAGUACAAAAAUGAAUUUGGGAAUGAUAUUAAUAAGGACUUGAAAACUGAUCCUAAUGAUGAGUUCCUAGCACUAAUGAGGACCACAGUUAAGUGCUUGACCCGUCCUGAGAAGCACUUUGAGAAGGUUCUCCGUCUUGCAAUUAACAGGCGAGGAACUGAUGAAGGCGCUCUCACCAGAGUUGUCACCACCAGGGCUGAGGUUGACCUCAAGAUCAUAGCAGAUGAGUAUCAGAGAAGGAACAGUGUUCCUCUGGAUCGUGCAAUUGGCAAAGACACCACUGGAGACUAUGAGAAGAUGCUUCUAGCGCUGGCAGGACGUGCACAUGCUUGAGCUGUUCCAUUUCAUUUUCAAGAAACUAAUUUUCUGUUAAGAAGCAAUGUGCUUAUGGCCCGAGUUUUGGAUUUUGCUGUGUUUUAUCAAGUUCCAUGUCAUUUUCAUUCCUUUGCCAGUCCAGAAAUAAUUAUUCAAAUAAUAAGAAAGAAUAUUUUCUUUU